GGCAGCGGAACCUUUCUUCUCCGCCCCGCUCUCGCUUCCGCCCGGGCCCAGUUGGCGACGGACGCAGUCGUGGAGGCUUGUCAACAUGGAGGCCGCGGGCGCAGGGACUGGAGAGCCGUCCUCUCAUCUGGAGGCUUCCGGCUCCUCUCAGGACCGGCUUUUCCUGGUUAAAGGUGGAAUUUUCCUGGGUACUGUUGCUGCAGCGGGAAUGCUAGCUGGGUUUGUAACAACGUUAUCAUUGGCUAAAAAGAAAAGCCCGGAAUGGUUCAAUAAGGGGAGUAUGGCCACGGCUGCCUUACCGGAGAGCGGGUCUUCCCUUGCCUUGCGAGCCCUGGGUUGGGGCUCUCUUUACGCAUGGUGUGGGGUUGGUGUGAUCAGCUUCGCAGUCUGGAAAGCCUUAGGAGUUCACAGUGUCCUCCUCCUCCUCCAUGAACGCCUGGGAGAGCAAGACAGGGGUGUGAUCCUAUUCAUAAGCAAAGGAACAUUUCCUCCAGCCUGGGGACGUCUUCCCAACCUCUUAGCUGGCAGAAGAACAAGGACCUGUUUGGUGAGUGAUUUGGCAAUGCAGUGUGUCCAAUUCGGUUUUAUUACCUCUUCUUACACCGUGCCAACAAUCUGCCGGCCACAUUUCUCCAUUGUGAAGAUUAUUUGAUUCAUUCUUGAUGGACAGCCUGCUCUUGGGAGGCUUGUGUUCUGGGAUCCCCAGUGUCGCCCAUGAGUUCCGCCCAGCGCCCUUUCCUCAGCUGGGAGCCUCCUUCCCGGCCCUGGGGCAGUCAUUUCCCAAACCUUGUCCUCGUUCAUGGUCAUUUAUUAAGAGUCUCUAUUCAGUACCAUGAUACGCCAAUAAACAUUUUCUCUGCAGCUCAAACUCCUUUAUGACAAACCCCAUUAUAAACAUUUAAAAAUUCUUCACAAUCACGCAGCACCCAUAUAAACAUCACUAAGCCAUGUGGUCCCACACUUAACAGCUGGGAACAUGCUGGAUGUGGAUUGUGGUUUGAUUGCACUUUAAGAGGUCUCAAUGGUGCUAACUUUUCUUUUUUUUAAAGACAAAAUGAGAGCGAAUGGAGAGGUGUAAUUGAGUGGGACCAGGCGUCGUCUCUCUAGGGUGAAAUGUUUGAACUGCACGGUGGCUGUGGAUGGGAGCAUGGCAUCCACUCUGGGACCAUUCUCGGGUCCUGGUGUGACAGUGAGAGAAGGAUGGGCCACUCCACCUUCCUGUCAACAGCAUCAGAGAAGGCAGGAAUCAGCUCGGGUUCGGGGAAGGUGGGGGUCAGGUCCUGCUGGCAGCGGCCCCACAAGACUCCUCUGGUGACUUCUGGAUCUGACCCCGUACUCCCGGUCCCACUGGGAGGGAGAAUUAGAUAAGACCCACUUAGGGAGGAAUAGUCACUGAUCCAAAUAAUGGUAAUCACAAUGGCCCUCGUGUGGCAUUUACUGUACAUCAGGAACUGUUCUGAAGACUUGCCUGUAUGAACUCAUUUAGUCCUCACCACAGCCCAGGAGACAGGAGGACACUGAGGCCCAGAGAGGUUAAGAAACUUUUCCCAAGGUCACACAGCUGGGACUCAGGCCAGAAGAAAUAACCCACCCACGGUCACACAUCUAAUGAAUGUCACAGCCAGGAUUCAAAGGCACAUCUGACCUACAAAGCUGCCCCCUCUCCAUUUGCCAAGGUGGCAGACUAGGAGGGAAAGACAGUUUCAGCCUGAAAUCAGCACAUUUGCAGGACGGCCUCUCUGGUAAGAGUGGACCCAGGGAGGAGGCCAGGUCCAGGCUGGUCACCUCUUGUAGCCCAUGUGCCCGACUCCAAGCCCCGGCUCUCUUGCAGCUGCGCACUGUGUCUUCCUUGCAUCUGCGCUUCUAGCCUCAGGCUCCCAUCACCUUCCUCAGAGGCCCUUGUAGUUGUCACCAAAUAGACACAGUACUAGAGAUGCAUUGCUGUCCCCUGGAGAGCUAACACACUGCUUGUGACUUUAUUUUCUUUAUUCUGAUCAUGAAACUUAAGCAAGGCUUCAUGUUUCCAUCUUCACUUUAGCUACCAGGGAGCUCGGCAUGAAGUUUAACCUUGAAUCAUAGUAAUUUUAUCACCUUCUUUACUUCCUCCUCCUUCUGCAUGAGUUUUUGAUUUUCUAUUCCCAUUUUAGCAACCUUAUCGUGCAGAUCUUUUAUUGGAAGCUGCCACCAAUCCUUAUUAGAAGCUGACAGGACAUAAAUUAUAAAUAAAAAUAAAUACUGCUGCAAUCUUCCC